GUGGAUAGGAUGGAUGGAGGUGUGGAUAGGAUGGAUGGAGGGUGUUGAGUAAGUGUCUGUGAGUGACUUUGACUAAGACUCGAUCGGAUGCAUAAAGACCUCGGGGUGUCCUGUUCAUAGCUCUUGAUUCACUACUUCCAUACACAACUCCUUUCCUGCGAACAAAGUUUACCUAGGAAACUCUACCUGACCUCUUGAACAUCGCAACCGCGUCAUCAAAUCCCUCUAUCCCCUCCUCGAGUCACUCAGUUCCAACUUCCUCCAUCAAGUACGAAACCAAAUAUCCAAGCCUACGGAUAUCAAAAUGCCCGCCCAAGAAACCCACCAACCUCAAGUCCAACAGAUGGAGCUCCCAACCAUGGAGAACGGAGCUGCGGUUGAGACACAACAACCCGUUCGUUUCCCUUCUCCUCUCCACAAACCCAGGGAAGGAAAAUAACUAACAUUCUCCCAGACUGCUACAGAGAAGAUGACUGCUGAGCCCGUAAGCAUGCGUGGUGGUGGUGGAGCGGGUAUCUGCUGUGGCCUGUAAGAUAAUUCACCCUCUCUUCUCCCCUUCCUUUCCCUCAAAUCUCUUUCGCAAGAUAGAAGGAUCAGGAUAGGAAGAAGUAUGUAAGAUACAGUACUAACACACCGGCUACAGAUGCGCAGGACUCGCUUGCUUCGAGUGUCUCGAUUGCUGCUGUUAAACACCCCGCCAAAUGCUACAUAUUGAACGUACUCGAGUACGAGCAUGAAGUACGAACGCACAUGACAACGAAGACGACAAUUAGACAUGGGUAAUGCAUACACACGGUGUGGUGAGCUGUGAGAGGAAAGGAAAGGGAGGAAAGGACUUAUACCCCGGGAUGAAAAAGCGCCUUUCUUUUCCGGUUCCUUUUGGGUUGUUGU